GAAAUCUAACCAACCAUGAGCAGAAGCGAGCGAAGGCGUGGCGCCCGGGUGGGAAUAUGAAACACCGACGGACUAAACUGUCAGUUUGGAGCCCAGAGGAGCUGGAGGAGAAGUAAACACACGAGCAGAACAGACUCCUGCUCCGCUGUCCCCGCCGGAAAAACUGAUAUCAGUCCAGCGUGUGGCAUCGACGGAAAACAGCGUGCGCGUGACAUAACAGAAACAUGUCCCAACAGGCAGUGAACGGGGUCUCGCACCGGGGCAAGGUGCUGACUCUGGACAGCAUGAACCCCAAUGUGAAGCGGGUCGAGUACGCGGUUCGGGGCCCCAUAGUCCAACGAGCGGUGCAGAUCGAGAAGGAGCUGAAAGAGGGAGUCAAGAAGCCUUUCACAGAAGUCAUCAAGGCAAACAUAGGUGACGCCCACGCCAUGGGUCAGAAACCAAUCACAUUUCUCAGACAGGUCUUGGCUCUGUGCUCUUACCCUGAACUUCUGGAGGACAACAUGUUUCCAGAGGAUGCCAAGAAAAGAGCGCGGCGUAUUCUGGAGUCCUGUGGAGGCCAUAGCAUAGGGGCGUACAGCGCCAGCCAGGGGAUCGAGUGCAUCCGUCAGGAUGUGGCACGCUACAUAGAGAGGAGAGACGGUGGAAUCCCCUCCAGCCCCGACAACAUCUACCUCUCCACCGGGGCCAGUGAUGCCAUAGUGACCAUGCUGAAGUUGCUGGUGUGCGGCGAGGGUCGCAGCCGUACGGGAGUGAUGAUCUCCAUCCCCCAGUACCCUCUGUACUCGGCCGCCCUGGCCGACCUGGGAGCCGUGCAGAUCAGUUACUACCUGGAUGAGGACAAGUGUUGGAGUCUGGAUGUGGCAGAGCUCAGGAGAGCUCUCAACGCAGCCAGGCAGCACUGCAAUCCUCGCGUCCUCUGCAUCAUCAACCCCGGAAACCCCACAGGUCAGGUGCAGAGCAGGCAGUGCAUUGAAGAUGUGAUCCGAUUUGCUAAAGAGGAGCAUCUCUUCCUCAUGGCUGACGAAGUCUACCAGGACAAUGUGUAUGCAGAGGGCUGUAAAUUUCACUCCUUCAAGAAGGUGUUGUUUGAGAUGGGACCAGAGUACUCCAGCACAGUGGAGAUGGCCUCCUUCCACUCCACCUCCAAAUGCUACAUGGGAGAGUGUGGAUUCCGUGGAGGCUACAUGGAGGUGAUUAACAUGGAUCCUGAGGUGAAGGCCCAACUCACCAAACUGGUGUCGGUGCGUCUGUGUCCCCCCGUUCCCGGACAGGCUCUCCUGGACCUGGUGGUCAACCCACCACAGCCCGAUGAACCCUCCUACACCACAUUUAUGAAGGAGCGGACAGCAGUGUUGGCAGCUCUGGCAGAGAAGGCCAGGCUAACAGAAGAGACCUUCAACACAGUACCUGGUAUCACAUGUAACCCGGUCCAGGGGGCCAUGUACACCUUCCCCCGCAUCACUCUACCUCAAAAGGCCAUCGACAAGGCCAAGGAGGAAGGCCAGGUCCCAGACAUGUACUACUGUAUGAGGCUGCUGGAGGAGGAAGGGAUCUGUCUGGUGCCAGGUAGCGGCUUUGGGCAGAGAGAAGGAACCUUCCACUUCAGGAUGACCAUCUUGCCACCCACAGAGAAGCUGAAGGUUGUGCUGCAGAAGAUCCGCGAGUUCCACCUGCGGUUCACGCAAGAGUUCUCGUAACGAUCCUCCACCCUGAACUGCAUCUCAAGAACCAACUCGUUCAGUGCCAGUAUCUUCAAGUGCCUUUGUGUGAAUGAGGCAGCAAGUCUUCAACAUCAACUCCCGCAAUACCCACGUCUCACCUCAAAGCGGUGUUAACACUAGACCAGAUUUGUAAAGAUAUUUUGGAGGAAGUUUGAACAUUUCCUUUAGAUAGUGAAAAGAGAUUUCCUGCUCAUAUGUACAUACAAACAUAUGAAGAUGUAAUGAUGUUCAGUACAUGAUGCACUUUCCCAAAGUAUUACCCGGCCAGGUUUGUAAUGUUCAGAAGGUGUUUUAGAUGUUAUUAUCUAUAAAGUUAUUCUAUAGAGUUAAGAUUUUUCCAAUGUCCUUGUCACAGAUGCUGCUGCAGGUGCAUCUCUCUGCUGCCAAGACUUUUACAGCCGAAAUAGUUAGUAUUAAUUUACUAACAUGUUAAGUGAUUACUUGAUUAACCUGACUGGCUGUAGAGGAUGCACCAUAUUGAGAAUGACCGAGUACUGCCAGGGCAAUCCUUGUGUUUUAAAACCAGUCUCAGAAUGUAGCCAUUUGUAUUACUAAUUGUUUAAAUUGUUCUUAAACAUGAUUAAACACUUGAAUUUCUACAACA